GCGGAAGUGAAGGCGCAAAAGGGGAGGAAGGGAGGAUUUUUUUCCCCCUCCUUUAGGAAGUGAGAAGCACUAGUAGGACGUGUGCAUCUAGCCGGCCACUAAGGUAACGCUACGUCUCAUUUGGAGUCGCAAAUAUGGUGCUGCUCGAAAACGACUCGUUCCUCACAGAGCUCACACGUUUGUUCCAGAAGUGCAGAUCCUCUGGUAGUGUUGUCAUCACUUUGAAAAAGUAUGAUGGGAGGACCAAGCCAGUGCCCAGAAAAGGCCACUUGGUGUCCUUUGAGCCUGCAGACAAUAAAUGUCUUCUCAGAGCUUCUGAUGGCAAGAAGAAAAUUAGCACAGUGGUCAGCACCAAAGAAGUGAUCAAGUUUCAGAUGGCAUACUCAAACCUCCUGCGAGCGCACAUUGAUGGCCUGAAAAAGAAAGACAAGAAGAGCAAAAGCAAGAAGACCAAAGCCACCCAGUGAGCAAUAGACUCAAAAGGGCUCAUGAACUGACCUGGUUCCAAUUUUGAGAAGAUAGGAGCGGGUCCCACCCCAGUCAGUCCACCCCCCCACACACCGUACUCAUCCACCCAGUGACUACUUCGAUAUUUUGCCAAGAUCUCGUGUCGUCAAUGACUGUUCCGUGCCACCUGGGAGGAUUUCUUGUGCUGCACAAAUUGACGUGUGGAGCCAAAUCCACUCCAUCGGUUUGGCCUUUCGUCUGUUGAAAGGCUACGCUCCCUAUUUAUGUUCAAUUUAGGAUUGUCAAAGCAGGCUCUUUUUAUAUUUGAAAUAGUUUUUUUCGAGGGAUGUUUUUCAGUGUAUUGAUAUUAGAAGAGUUGCAUGGAAACGCAUAACUAAAAUCACAUGUCUCAGUAAUUUUAUUUUUAUGUAAUAAGUACAAUGCUUAUAGCCUCCCUCAUAUGAUGGAAAUCUGAAGCUGCCACACUGGCCCUCUUACUUUGUCAAACAACCAAAUGUUAUGUCGAAAGCUUCAGUUCAUUGAAAAUGCAAAUCAGACUUGAGGAUGGAGCUGAAUUGCACAGAAUUUUAUGUCCUGAUAAAGAUGUACUGAAAGGCGCGUUUGAGUUACAGACAGAGAAUCCCGAGCGUGCCGGGUCUGGCCCGCAGCAGAAUUUAAGUUGACUAAUAAAGUGCUAUGUUGAAAAGAAA